AUGUCAUUAGCCCCGGGCACGUCGAGGGUGACGGUUGAGUUGCUCGCGGACCUCCAUCGCGUCGACGUGACCCGGUGUAGCAGGGACGUGACGUUGACGUGCGGCGCGGACGUGAACGGGGUGAUCGUGUUCGCGGGACAGUGGACCGCUGACGUGUUCGUCGAUCCUAUCUUUCGUUUCUGCGGCGAUUGGCAGCAAGCCCUGGCACACGCUGCACUCUCCUACAAACGCCUGGUCCCGUCGCUGCCGGCCGUUAGUGGCGGCCCCGUCACCGCGUGGCAGGGCCGAUCUCCUGCCAGAGCAACGCGAGUCGGGCCAUUGUCUGGCCUGCCCAAUCUCCUGUCCGCGCCGCCUCCUAGGAUGCGUGUUCUCAAUAUGUCCAACAAUAGACUGUGUGAAUUGCCUCCUGGACCUGAACCAUCAGAAAGUGCUCACCAUCAGUUGGAAAAGCUGUACCUCACAGCAAAUUGCUUGACUGAUAGUGCUUUGGAAGUGAUUGGCAGGUUUGCUAAUUUGAGGAUAUUGCACGCAGCUUACAACUGCAUAACUACACUAUCGGAAAGUUGUGUUGCAAUGUGGAAAGAUUUGGAAGAGCUUGUGCUGUCUGGAAAUAAACUGCAGUAUUUGCCAGAUAAUUUAACACGUCUGGAACAUUUAAGAGUGUUAAGGGUGCUGGAUUUGGCACACAAUCAACUAGAUAGAGUGAAUUUGGCUACUCUGGUUCCACAACAACUUCAAUUUCUUGACCUCUCAUGCAAUUCAAGGUUGUAUGUUGAUCCUAGACAGUUCCAAGUAUACAGUAGAACACAUCGGCCCAUGAGUUUGGUUGAUGUCUCUGGCCAGAACCGUACCUGUCUGCCCUCCACGCCCUUCCACGAGGGUGGUGGAGAAUCUGAGCCACCCUGGAGAGUAGGCUUCUCAGAGACAGCAGGCCUUCGGGAGAAGUUAUAUAUAACGCAGAUCCGCUUACCAGCCUUUUGUAAUACUGAAGGGCUCUUUGGGUUAUUUGAUGGAGGGAAUAAUAAUGACAUCCCAAAUAUCCUGAUAAAAGCUGUGCCAAGAAUACUUCUAGAAGAGAGGACCGUGAAGGAAACGGCUGAAGAGUACAUGAAAUAUACUAUGCUAUCAGCUCACAGAGAAUUGAAAGAAAAGGGUCAAAAGUAUGGAGUUUGUGCCACUCUCUGCCACAUCAGUCGCACAAAACCAGGACCAGGCUCAACAACUAAUGGCUUCCUUCCCAGUGGUAGUCGGUAUGUGUUGAGAGUGGCAAGUGUAGGAGAGGCUGGGGCGGUCCUGUGCCGGAGGUCAGAGGGCAUCCAGUUGUGCCCACCCAAAGAACAGAUCUCCUCACCCCCUCAAACCAGGAAUCAAUUGGGUUGCAGUGCCAUGUUCCCUUUAGUCAUUCCAGAUCCUCGUAUAGCAGAGGUUCAAUUAGAAGAGGAAGAUGAAUUUCUUAUUGUUGCCAAUAAACGGUUCUGGGAAGUAGUUAGUGUGGAAGAGGCAGUGGAAGAAGCACGUCACAUGGGAAAUGCAAUUUUGGCUGCUAAAAAGCUCCAAGAUUUGGCACAGAGCUACGGUAGUGAGGAGAAUCUAAGCAUAAUGGUUAUUCGCUUCAGCCACACAGGUUCUGACAUGGAUCAACUCAUGCGCGAGCUAAGGCACACCAUUCGCAGAGGCAAACAGCAACAACACCAACUUGCCACUGAUGAUAGCAGUCAAGAGAGUUCUGGUCCUCCAAAAUGUUUCUGUCAGAAUAUCUCCAACGGUGGAGAUGUUUUCUACAACAAUGGCUUGACCGCAGUUGCUCCUCCUUUUAAACCUGGCAUUGGGAGGACAUUACACGAGUCCCGGCCAGUGGCAUCCCGAAAUGGAAAUAUUCCAGAUGCAGACAGAUCAUCUCCCAGUGGACAAAGUGAUCAUGCUAGUAGUGAUUGUACAAGUAAAAAGUGUUCAGUGUCAAGCAGGCGUCCCUCCAUACAGCACAGUCCAAUAUGGUCUGAGACAAAUGGAAACAAGACUUCAAUGUUUGUAAAAACAGGUAAUAAUGUAUCUUCUGUGAGACCCCCACAGCAUCAAUCUGUCUUGAUGCAUGAAAAUGGCACAAAGAAAAUAUCAGCAGGAGUGCAAGGUUUGGAGCGGAGAAGUUAUAGAGAUAGUAAACGCAGUGGGGGUGGUGUUUUAAAGGCCAUAAGAGCUAAAUUGGACAGUUAUAGUAAUGGACACCUUGCAGAUACUGAAGGUGAAGAGACAGGAUCUGAUAGAUCUGCUUGUACUCAGCCAUCAGAAGAGCAGUUCAAAUGUUGGGAAUACAUGCUUGAACAAAAUACUCAAAUGUUAUUUGACAAAGAACUGGAUACGCUUUCUCGUAGUGGCUUGGUGAGGCCAUCAAGGGAGCCUCUACCAGAUCCUCUAUGGCCUAGAGGUGGCAAGGCACUUUCACGUAGUAGUCCUCACCUAGCAGAAGCUUCUACACCAGCUGUUGCUCCUUUCCUUUCACGUCAUUUUGGUAGUGCAAGAUCAUUUAACCCGGUGUCAAGAGCCACAAGAUUUGGCUCGGGGAGGUUCCUAAAUGGAGGUCCAAAUGCAGCAUACUUCGGAAGCCUUCAAAGGCUCAUGCCAUAUAACCUUGAAUACAACUUUGCAGUGAUUCAAGAAAGAGCUGCAAAUCAAGAUUCUCUAGAACAAGAUGGACGGAUGCAACAGUAUUGGGGAGUUGCGACAACAGAAUUGUGAACCCUUAAUAACAGAAACAUCAAACAGUGAAAGAAACUAUUCUAUCUUGAAUGAAUAUAAUUCUCUAUAUUAUAAAUGUUUGAAUAACAAUUAUACAAUUAAUUUUGUUGUAAGUGAUGUUCCAAAAUAUUAUUUUUUUUAGUGUAACAUUAAGAACACAGGUUUUAAAGAAAUCUUUCUUUUCAAGAUGUUUUAGGUUUUCUUUCAAAUAUUACCAUAAUUUGUGACAUACCAAAUUACUCCCUUGGUGGUACUUAACUUCCUAAUGAAGUUGUACUUUACCAGCAUGUUCAUCAAUAUACAGUGAAUGUGUAACAACGAAUAAAAUAUGUGUGUGAGCUUACGAUAUAAUUAUUUUCAUGUACAAAAUAUGCAAUAAAGUUGCAGUAAUGUAAAUCAAUGUAUCAAUACACUCUAAUUGUUUUGAAUUUUAAAUGAAGAUAAUCUCUAAUACCAAUUAAGUAUUUUGUAAUAAGUGUAGUUUAUGUAUGUAGUAUUAUUGUUAUUAUUAAAUGUGACUCGUAAAUGUGUCAAUGUUAUCUUAUAUGUAAAACCAUCUUUUACAAAUUUGUAUUGUCUCAUGCGUAUUAUAAUUCUUUCUGUACCAUUCCCAUAAAUAAUUUAGCCA